AUUAGCUAACUAACAGUUUAAAAUUUAACUAUUAGUUACGGACUUAACUCGAAGUUAAUUUAACUAACGUUCGUGCAACUGGAUCCAGGUCAUUACACCGACCCUGUUUGGAGACUGAUUGUUUACUGAAUGAUUUACCAAUAUUGUAGCCCUGUUAUUCAAGAAAUGGAGGGAAACAUGAGCGACGUAAAUGUUGAAGUACCAUACAAACUUCUGAAGAACAUGAUGUCUCUCGUGGCGAUGGAAGAACACAGCAUGCUGAAGCUGGCAGGGAUGACACUUGUGCAAGAGUUUCUAAAGAAUGACAGCAAGGGGGAGGUGAAGUUGUCAUUUUUACAGAAUGGACUCCUAGAACCAUUGUUGUUGGCUUUUGACCAGGGUUUGGACGACCCCACCGAUCGGGUUUAUCUGGAAUUGUCUCUGAACUGCAUCUUCCACCUUUCGGAGCUUCCUGUGAGUCCGGUUCAGCCACUGAUCUGUGAACAGGUGAUGAAGAGAUUGAUUCAGCUGGUGGAUCAGAGAGAUUCCUUCUAUCGGUACUCUCCCAGCGUAAAACUAAAUCUCCACAGGAUGUGUGAAAAUAAACAUCUAGUGGGCAGAGUCCAGGAAAUGAAGAUGACCGCUGACUGGCGGAGUAGCAUUCACAGGACAACCAAUAAUCAGUUGAUGUCUACUGCGAAGUUGACAGAUACCCUGUUUUUGUGUGAUGUUGUGGACUCUGGGGUGUGUGAGAAAGGUCUGAACAUCCGAGAACAUCUUCUGAGUAGAAAUUUAGCCUGGGCAAACAAUGACACCAUCACAACUCACGAGACAGGUAACAAAGAUUGGAAAGACAUUCUGGUCACUCAUGUAGUAGAGGGACCUGUUUUCUGGGCACAGAUUGGAAUAGAGACCAUUCAGAACGCCCAGAAAAUUCAAGCCAUAUUGAAUGUGUAUUGGAAAAAUGGAGCAUUAGAGCACUGUGGCUGCAAGAAGGGGGAUUACGUGGUGGUUCUGCAGAUCAUGGAUGGUGAAGUUUGCCCAAUCCGAGUCCGUGUGAUGGGAGAGGACUCGCAGGGGAUACGUGCCUGGGCCCUUGAUCAUGGUCAGGUUGUAAAUGUUGACCGGAAAUACAUGUUUCUUUUGCCGCACGAGGUUGAUCCGGAUGUAUAUCCUGCCCAGGUCUCCCUGUGUUGUAUUGGCGGUCUACAAGAGCCCCCGCAGAGCGAGACUGCUGUCAAUACAGGCCUGGCCACACUGUGUAACCUCAUCAAACGCUCCUAUCCAGCAGGGCACCUGCUACUGCAGUUGGGGGGACUAGAUGUCUGUCAGUCUUUCCUGAAGACCUGUCCUGUGGUGGAACUUAGAUUACAAGCCUGUAAGGUUCUGAGCAAUGUCUCGUGUAAUACCACAAUCUCCAACAAGUGUGCAGAGAACCAGUUUAUACCUCUUAUGAUUGGAUGUGUGCAGGAGUUCUUAGAGAUGGAACAAAGCGUCCAGAAAAAUGAGCUGCUAUUGGCUAGCCUUACAGCCUUGUCUAAUCUCAUGCAUUGUAAUGAUGUUAAUAGAUCCAUUUUCUACCAUCAUCAAGGCGUUGAAGCGGUGAUAAAGUGCUCCAUUCUGUAUGGUAGAAAACACUAUGUAUAUCGUGCAGCUGUCAAAUGUAUCAAGAUGUUUAUCUGCAAGGCCCUGGAGAGGAACACCAGUCAUGUUCAUACGACGAAAAAAUCCAGUCCCCGGAAAGACGGGAGUGCCAAACAAUACCAGGACACACCAUUGGUUAUGUCGAAAAUUCUUGAAGAAAAGGUUGAAAAAGAAAAGUUUAUAUGGAAACCCCAUGCUAUAGAAAAAGCAUUGGAUGAAUCUAGGUUCCAAGAGCUGGUUGAGAGCAGUGAUGAUGAACUGUUGGACUGUCACAUCUCUUUGUUAGACUUACAACAAAUGAAAGAAGCAUCCCAGAAUUCCACAAAGAGACCAACAGUGGCAGUAGAUGUUGCUGAUGUCUACAGGAGAUCUCAUCCCCGAGAGUUCUGUGUCAUCAAUUCUGUAAUGCCCAUUCAGAACAGUUCUACUAAUGAAAUGAGGCCAAACAAGUCCAUCACCUCCAUUUCUGUCAAGACGGUUGUUCAACAUGUUUGUGGCAUGCUGAAUAGUGGAAAAGGAGGGAACAUAUAUUUUGGAUUGUCUCCCACUGGCGAGGUUUUAGGGAUGAAGUUUACCCGUGAUGAUCGAGACGAGUUUAGGAUCGGUGUGGAUCGGAUGAUGACGGAUAAACUCCGCCCCUGUCUGCUGCACUCCUGUUUUGAUGUGGUGUAUUUACCUGUUGUUCGGAAAUCUGAAAAUGAGGCUGGGUCGGCAGAGUUUGUGGAUGUUACGGAUUACUUCGUGGCUAAGAUCGUCCUAACCCCGCCCAAAGGCGCCCUGUACACUGUGGUCCCAGAGGAAGACUGCUACUAUAGGUUCGGAUCGCACACGACUGCGUUGUCUAUCCAGGAGUUGAGGCAUCUGAUUAUUCUUGAUGAGGAGGAGGAAUUUCGAAGUAAGAUAAACCAAUUAAAGGCAGAACUGAAAGUUCUACUGCAACAAGUAGAAACGGACGACUGAUUCCUGUCUUAUAUUGUGUUCUCCAACUGUGUUCUACAAGACGAUUGUGUAAAAUGGACGGCUGAUACCUCCGUUUUAUAAACUCGUUGUGUUCUUCAACUGUGUUCUACAAGACGAUUGUGUAAAACGUUUUAUUUUAGAAAGACAAGUUUAAAAUCACGAUAGUGUUGACUAGCAACAUACUCAGGGAAAUACAGAUGUACUUGAUUUGUGAUUCACUUUUAAAUUUUAUUUUAAUGUAUGUAACUAUGGUGAUGUGUCCGUGACUCGAAAUCACAAUCAUUCACACUUCACAAAGUAUUCUUUAUUAUUAGGAAAGGUUUUAAAGAAUACUUAAAGGGGCAUUAGCUGUGAAAGUGAGGCAACCAUUUCUCUCUCAAAAUCUCUCAAUGACGUAGGAAUAUAUAUUUUAAAAUUACUAAUGAAAACAUUUAUUUUGUACAAAAACAAGAGAAACCUAAUAAAAUUACAUUAGAUAUAACGGCUUUUAGUGUUAAGAAAUAUAUGAGGAAGAAUUAUUGUCUUGCAAGACAAAAUUAUUUAAUCACCAAAAUUACCUAUUCAUGUGCCUGUUGGUGAGGUUAAAAAGGAUUUGGAAGAAUCAUAUACUGGUGUUAUUACUGAAAUAUAUGAUGUAAAGCAAUUUUCAUUGAAUUCAAUUUUUAGUGACAAAAUUACAGAAUUUCGUUCUUGUUGACAUGUUUUACAAGAAAGUUGAAAAUGAUCCACCUUCUGUAUGGGGGUCAAUUGCAGAAUCUGGGAACCCCAGACUUAAUAGUACUAAUUAAUAAUAGUACACUGUUAGUAGUUAUUAAUAGUACACUGUUAGUAGUUAUUAAGAGUACACUGUUAGUAGUUAUUAAGAGUACACUGUUAGUAGUUAUUAAUAGUACACUACAGUACCGUUAUCGUAACCCACUAUAAGUCCUGUCAGUAAGGCUAUUUAGCUAACCUGCAUGAAAACAUUGUAGACAGUGCAGGGGGCUGGUGGAGCAUUUCAUUCUGUAGUCAGUCUUCAAAGAAAGUCGCACUCUCUAUCUGAAGGAUAGAAGUCGAUGUAAAUUGCCAGCACCAGAUUGGGGUUCCACAUGUGACUUCCACAAAGGAAAUGUGUAUAUUUUAGAUUUUUGUCCCAACCUGCAUCCACGUAACAUGAAGGUCAUUAUACCCCCCGAACGAAGUUCUGGGGGGUAUAUAGGAAUCACUCUGUCUGUCUGUCCGUCUGUCUGUCCGUCCGUCUGUCUGUCUCCAGAUUCGUGUCUGGGCCAUAACUUCUUUGUUCUUUGACAUAGGCAUACCAUAUUUGGCACACAGGUGGAUCACCAUGAGACGAUGUGUCGGGUACCUUCAUGACCUCUAUAUGACCUUGACCUUAAGGUGAAAAUUAAAGGUAUUUUACAAUGGAUUCGUGUCCGGGCCAUAACUUCUUUGUUCUUUGACAUAGGAAUACCAUAUUUGACACAUGAGUGUAUCACCAUGAGAUGAUGUGUCAAGUACCUUCAUGACCUCCAUAUGACCUUGACCUCUAGGUCAAAAUUAAAGGUUUUUACAAUGGAUUCAUGUCAGGGCCAUAACUUCUUUGUUCUUUGACAUAGGCAUACCAUAUUUGACACAUGAGUGUAUCACCAUGAGAUGAUGUGUCAUAUACCUUCAUGACCUCCAUAUGACCUUGACCUCAAGGUCAAAAUUAAAGGCUUUUACAAUGGAUUCGUGUCAGGGCCAUAACUUCUUUGUUCUUUGACAUAGGCAUACCAUAUUUGACACAUGAGUGUAUCACCAUGAGAUGAUGUGUCAAGUACCUUCAUGACCUCUAUAUGACCUUGAACUUUAACCUCAAGGUCAAAAUUGAUUAUAGGGUUUUGACAUAGUCAUACCAUAAGACAUGGAUGUAUCACCAUGAUACUAUGUGUCAUGUACAUUCAUGACCCCUUUAUGAUCUUGACCUUUGAUCUCAAGGUCAAAAUUAAAGGUUUAUGCCAUGGAUUUGUGUUCAGACUAUAUCUUCCAUUUUCUUCUACAAAGGCAUACCAUAUUUUUACACUCAGGAAAGAGGUAAUUUAUACCUAUUAACAACACUUUUUGGGAGAUUUGGGUAAGCGGGGGUAUUCUUAGUGAGCAUUGCUCACAGUACAUCUUGUUUUUAUGAAGCUGUCAUUUGAACUGAGGUAGAUUGUAUUCUUAAAGGUUUUUUAAAUUGUAUUGCACAAAUAAAAUGUGUCAGUUUGUUAUCUGAUUGUAAUUUUUAUAUACCUGUCUUUAGACGGACAUAUCAUGGUACAGUAAUGUCUUAUGCCCAUCCAUCUGUCUGUUCGGGGUUUUCUGUUUCUAAUUUCAUUUCUCUGUCACAUAUCAAGCUGAAACUUGCUAUGUAGCUUCUUUAUGGAUCACCCUAGAUCAUGUUGCAAAUUUGAUCUAUUUUGACGACUUGCAGAAGUUUUGCCCCUUUAUUUGAUUUUUUUUUUUGUUAUUUGGAGGGUACAUAAUUUGUCCAGCAAACUCCUCCCACAAUUUUCAAGUGAGGACCAUCUUGUUUUACAGAGUGUUUGUAUGGAUAUCGAAGAUGUGCAUGUGGCAAGGAUUUUGAUUUUUUUUCAAGUUUUGACAAAAUUACAGGCUGUUGAACUUCAUCCGUUUUGAGAAAAUGUUACAAAGAGAGUAGGAAAAAUAUUACAAAGAGAGUACAUGAUUUGUUCAAUGAAAUCCUCCCACAGUUUUCAAGUGAGAACCUUCUUAUUUUACAGGGUGUUUAUAUGGGUAUUGAAGGUGUGCAUGUGGCAAGGAUUUUGAUUUUCUUCAAUUUUAAAGAAAAUUACUGGUUGUUGAACACAGUACAUUUUAAGGAAAUAUUAUAUCAAAUGAAGGACAUGGUUUGUCCUUAUAACUCCUCACAGUUUAGAAACUAAGAUAGUUGUGAAUAACUUGAAGAUGCAUGGUGCAAGGAUUUUGAUUCUUAAUAAAUUUUAAUUUUCUUUUACAUUUUGAAUAUUUACAGGUUGUUGAACUUGGUUGAAUUUGGGGAAAUAUUUUACACACAGAACUCUUGGUUUGUCUAUCUACUUCCUGUCACAGUUUUAAGCUAAGACACUUUAUUCAUACAAUGCAAAGAAAGUGUGUCACAGUCUGAUGAUGGCUGAUACUACCUGAAGCAAAGUUCAGAAAUUUAUGGCUGAAGAAAAACACCCUAUUUAAGCAUUUUCACGGGCGUAUUAUGUACUGUUUGCGGUACUCUUGUUUAGUUAUAAAUGCCGGUGUUUUUAAGUCGAGGAUUGUAAAUUUUAGGAGGAUUGUAAAUUUUUUAGUUACAAAUGCAAAAUGCUGGUGUGCAAGACCAGGAUUGUAAUUUUUUUUAAAAUUUACUUCAUUUAGUGUUAGUUACAAGUGAUUUCAUUAUUUCUGCGUACUUUCAUUUUUAAGUAUUGUUUGUUGUUGAGAAUUCUUUUUAAAAUAAUAAAGAAUGUUUUAAUAAAA